UGCAAUGAAACUAAGAUAACAUGUUCUUGGUGAUAGUAUUCCUAGGGUGCCUAGCCCACUGUUGUUUUGGACAACAAAAACCUAACAAUGUGUGUCCAACUUUUCAGGAUUAUUACACCAUCAGAAACAAUUCCAGAUGUUGGUAUGAUUUCUCUGCAGAAUUUGACACACCGACUGUUAUCAAACUUAAUGGUUACCCUGUAAUCGAAUAUAGAGUUCCUACUAUAGAUGGCUUUAUUUUGGGGAUGUUUAGAAUCCCAUCAAAAAACCCGGACGCUUGGAAGCAUCCUAUUUACCUUCAGCACGGUUUAGCUUCAACGUGUGAUUAUUUCGUAGGCAUACAAAGAAAUUCCUUAGCUUUUGUGUUAGCUGAUGCAGGUUUUGAUGUAUGGUUAGGUAAUUAUCGUGGAACGCGGUACUCUCAGAGACAUCAAAAUUUAACGGUUUUUGAUCAAAUAUACUGGGACCAUAGUAUGGAUGAUAUAGUAGCAUAUGACUAUCCAGCUUUGUUCAGCACGAUUCUGUCAAAUACCGAUCCCAAUGGAAAAAUAGUCUAUAUUGGACACUCGCUAGGUACUACUUUGGGUUUAAUGUACGCAGCUGAGUACUCUGACAUUGUUAAAAGUACCAUGCACAUGUUGAUACUUAUGUCACCUGCUUAUACUUUGGCGAAUAUGAAGGCUCCUUACAGACUAGCAGCACCUUUUGGAUCAGCGAUUAUGAAUAUCGCUCGAGAACUGGAAAUAUUUCGUCUUGUAUCUCAAGAAGAAAUACUAAGAAAUGGUGUCCGUCUCAUAUGUCUAGAGUCACCACCUUUAAUGCAAUUUUGUAUGCAGCUGUAUAAUCUUUUUUAUGGGCCAAACACUCAGUUUACUGCUGAUCUUAUUCCCACAUAUUUUAACCAUCUACCAGGAGGAACUGCAUUGAAAGUCCUAAAUCAUGCGGCAGAUCUCGUUCUGGGAAAUUUUCGAAAGUACAAUUACGUAGAAGAUAAUUACAAAUAUUAUGGUAGCUUAACACCUCCGAUUUACGAUGUUAAGAAAAUUCCAAUACCGGUUCAGAUAUAUUACAGUACUCAAGACUGGGCAACUACAGAACCGGACGCUAUCAACCUUUGGAACCAUUUACCAGAAGCUGCUCGACAUGGGAUCACGCGAAUAGACCUCCCUGCGUUCAAUCACAUUGAUUUCGUGUACAGUAGAAACGCCAAAACUAUUGUUUACAAUGAUUUAAUUCAAAUUCUAAAUAAAUUUCUAAAUAGGUAG